GGGUGUAGUUUAAAUGUGUCGUCUUUUUAUAACCCCCGAAUCCUCUGAGUCGCUGUGCCUUGAAUCCGUGCUGCCGAUAGAUAAACAAUAUAUGUAUUAUGUUAUACUACAUACUAUUGUAUAUUGCAUAAAAGUCGCCAGAAAUCCACAAUGAUUUUUCAUUCUCACGAAUAAAUAAACAAACAUACAAACAAUCUUAUAUAUAAACAACUUUUAAGAUGGCAUUGGUAUAUUGCAGACGCGCAUCCGACCACGUCUGCGAUAUCGGUGCCGAGAACACCUGUGCCAAGAUCAUGCAGCUCUGUGCCGCCGAGGAAAGCCUCGUUGACAACUUCGACGAAGUAACUCACUACCUCCAGAAACACUUGAACGAGAUCAUCGGCAGUGUACAUAGCAUGGAUAAGGACGCUCAGCGUCUCAUGGCUGACGAUGGGGUCACCCAGGUGUGUGCCCCUCCAGCACCCGAGGCAGGUGAUUCGCACGGGGGGUUGCUAUUGAAGACGUACUCGGAGAAGAUUGAGGACGGACAUGUGGCCCUAACCAGAGAGUUCAAGGUGCACUCGGUCGACGGCAAGAAGAACGAGCUCAGAUACGUCAUUACGCGUGCUAAUGGACCUGGAAAUGUAGAGCAUAUCGAGAGGAAGACCUUCUUAACCGUUAUUGCUUAAAUCCAAAUAAUCGAGAUGCUUUGUAAGCAUCCUUCACAUCUAUGCAUUCUUGUGAAAUAUGUAAACAAAUGAUACUUUUAUAUAUAAAUAUAUAAAAAGAAAUAUUAGCCGA